AUGUGUAAUGAAUUUAUGCUUGAAAAGUUAAUGCCAGAUUCUGUAAAUUCAAUGUUAACAUCAGUAACAAGCUCUCUUGUUGCUUCGAUAAUAUACUUAAACAAAGAUGCUUUAGCAAAAGUUGCUUCAAACAUUUUUAUAACAUAUUAUAUUGGUUAA